CAUGGUGUAAUCAGCUGUUGAUAUAUUUUCGACAAAACUGUACUUUUUUUUGAAUAAUUUUUACAGCAUAAUUGUUAGUAAGUUUCUUCGUGGGUAAAUAUGAAACGCGCAGGAUAAAAUUACGGUGUCGUUAAAAUUCCAUGAUAUUUGUGCAUUCGGUAACAGAUUUUACGAAACCAAUAGUGUACAGGAAGGUUAGGUUAGCCUAUGUUCGUUUGACAGCAUACGAAGAAUCUUCAGAGAAAUAAUGGGUCAAACACUCAGCGAGCCUGUGACAGCUAAGAAGUCAGCAUGCUGCAGAAAUUCAAACUACCGUGUCGGCAGUUCAUGUAUGCAGGGCUGGCGUACUAAAAUGGAAGACUGCCAUGUACAUAUACUUUCAUUACCAGACGAUCCUGGUACUGCAUUCUUUGCAGUGUACGAUGGCCAUGGAGGUGCAGCAAUGGCACAAUACGCUGGAAAAUAUCUUCACGAAUACAUAACUAAGAGAAGCGAAUAUAAGGCUGGUAACAUAGUUCAAGCUAUACAAAAUGGUUUCUUGGAAUUGGAUGAAGCAAUGCAAAAUGAUGCAGUGCUUAGAAACGAGCAGGGUGGAACUACUGUCAUAGCACUCCUUAUCAAGGACAAUGUCAUAUAUAGCGCAAAUGCUGGUGAUAGCAGAGCGGUAGCAAGUAUUAAUGGUAAUGCGGUAUCCCUUAGUCGGGAUCACAAACCAACAUUAAAAGAUGAACAUGAACGAAUUGAAGCAGCCGGUGGUUGGGUUGAAUUUAACAGAGUCAAUGGCCAACUUGCAUUAUCUCGUGCUCUUGGAGAUUUUAUGUUCAAACAAAACAGCUGUAAAUCGCCACAAGAACAAAUCGUGACUGCAUUCCCUGAAAUUCGACAGUAUCAAAUAACUGAAGACUGGGAGUUUGUUAUUUUGGCCUGUGAUGGUAUUUGGGACGUGAUGACAAGCAUAGAAGUAGUUAAUUUUGUACGAACACGUAUAGUUCAGCCAAAAUUCGGCACUGGCCAAGAAAAUGUCACAAUGGAUCCCGAAGAAAUUUGUGAAGACCUUAUGAAACAUUGCCUCGCGCCAGACACUCUAAUGGGCACUGGUUGCGACAAUAUGACAGUCGUCCUAGUUUGUUUUCUGCAUAGAAAACCAUAUUCUCAAUUAAUUUUGCGUUGCAAGGAAAAUCCUUAGUUAUUUAAGUUAUUA